CAGAGCGGCGGAAGUUUGCGCUCCCACAUGAAACAAGAAGCUAACGGAUUAAACAGUAACGUUUAUGAUCACAUUCCCCGAUCCAACGUUCAAACGGAAUGAACCGCAUCCGAAAUCAUCGCUGUUAUUCAUGCUCUCUCACACGACGUAUAGCAACGGAGGGCAAUGUUGCUGUCACCUGCUAAAUUCGUGGACAAGAUAAACCUGCGAGCAGAAAUCAAGGUGUGACGACAACGGUUGGUCGGUGCGUAGGAGCCCCACUGCAGGCCGGCCGAGUGGACAUUUGUGUGUGUUUAUGGUGUUGUGUGUGUAUACGAGUAAGUGGCAUAGCAGCUGGGGGUUGUAACGUGAUGCCAAGAUGCUGCUGUCCCUGGGAAUGCUGAUGUUGUCAGCCACACAGAUCUACACCAUCUUCACCGUUCAACUCUUCGCCUUCCUCAACCUGCUGCCUGUGGAAGCCGAUAUUGCUGCUUACUCAUUUGACAACAAAACGGAGAACUUCGAUGACCUGCCUGCGCGGUUUGGUUACAGGCUUCCCAGUGAUGGACUGAAAGGCUUCCUGAUUGGCGCUCGCCCAGAAAAUGCCUGCGAGCCCAUCGAACCUCCUCCGAGGGACAACAUGACGGGCGCCUUCAUCGUCCUCAUCAAACGAUUUGACUGCAACUUUGACAUCAAGGUUCUCAAUGCCCAGAAAGCCGGGUACAAGGCAGCCAUUGUUCACAAUGUGGACUCCGAUGACUUAAUCAGCAUGGGAUCCAAUGAUGUGGAUGUUAUGAAGCAGAUCGUUAUUCCCUCUGUGUUUAUAAGUGAAGAGACUGCCAACUCUCUGAAAGACGACUACUUGUAUGACAAGGGGGGGCAUGUGGUCCUCAUGCCAGACUUCAGCCUCCCGCUGGAAUACUACCUGAUCCCGUUCCUCAUCAUCGUGGGAAUCUGCCUCAUUCUCAUUGUUGUGUUCAUGAUCACCAAGUUUGUCCAGGAUCGGCACAGGGCUCGGAGGAGCCGUUUGCGUAAAGAUCAGCUGAAGAAACUUCCCAUCCACAAGUAUAAGAAAGGGGAUAACUAUGAUGUAUGUGCCAUAUGCCUGGAUGAAUAUGAGGACGGAGACAAACUCAGAGUCCUGCCGUGUUCUCAUGCCUACCACACCAAAUGCGUGGACCCCUGGCUGACCAAGUCUAAGAAGACGUGUCCGGUGUGCAAGCAGAAGGUGGUCCCCUCGCAGGGCGACUCCGACUCGGAUUCGGAGGAGGGGGACAGCGGCCCUGAGGAGAACGAGGAGGUGUCGGAGAGCACCCCGCUGCUGCGCUCCCUGGCGUCCACCAGCGCUCACUCCUUUGGCAGCAUGUCCGGAGUGUCGCGCUCGGAGCAGGACCAGGACUCCUCCGAGUACGAGGACGACGAGCUGGACAGCAGCGACAGCGAGGAGGAGGUUACCGUGGAGACUGUGGUGGUGCAGAUGCAGCAGCCGUGCUCUGAGGGCCACGAGCACGACUUGCCCCGAGCUUGACUGACACGUCGGCUGGCCUGUUUGGUCACUAAACACCCCCACACACCCCCACACACCCCCACACACCCCCACACACACACACACACACACACACACACACACACACACACACACACACACACACACACACACACACACACACACACACACACACACACACACACACACACACACACACACACACACACAAAAAGCCCUCCCCAAACACACAGCUGCAGAGACUUUAGUUGGGGGCACAAAACAGAUUCAUCCUCCCAGUUCUUCGAUCACCGCUUACAGUACAUUGUCAUUUUAUUCUACCUGCAAUUUCAAAUACAAAUCUAAGUUUUGUUUUGAUUGUCAUGAUUUUGGAUAAUGCGCACAGUCCCAAGUUUGACUGCAUAUCAGUCAGCAGAUUGGACAGGCCUGAUGACAUGGAUGUACAGUAGACUGCUAUACUGUACUUUAUGUAGUCAUAAAAAAGUAUACAAGUGUGUGUCUGGGUCCAAACACAUGAUCAAGCUUGACACAACGUUCAGUGAGAGUAUAAAUCACAGUAAAGUACACCUUCCCCCUUAAUUAUCUCCUGUCCUACAUGUACAUACAUUAUUGUACAUACACGUUCAUGCUACAUUGAGACAACUUGAACCACUAUGCAGCGUCCUUUUUGUAAAAAAAAAAAUUAACAUCAAACAAGUACGGAAACAUUUAGAGCCACAGCAAUACGGUUCUGCCAAUUUAUUUCUAGCCUGAUUGUUUGAAGGAGCCUCGGUUCUCCUGCGUUCUGUGCCACUGUCUGUUACAGCGAUCACACGAGACAAAAUGAAGCAAAACCGGUGUGAGUGACACAUUCAAGAAAAAGAAUGUGCUCUCUAUGUGGCAUCAUGUGAAGCUGUGGGUUUCACUUGUUCAAAGUGUGGAAAGACACUUGCGUGAAAACUGUGUCCGCACUGCCUGUGGUAGACUUCUUUUGGCUGCUCCAGACCCAUCACUUCAUUUAAACAGUUACUGCUUUGUAGGCUUGGAAAACACAUUUAACUGACCUGAUCUCAUUUUAAUACUGUUUAUAGUAAAUAUGCUUAAGUUGUUUUUGUUUUUUUGUUUUUUUGUCAUAACAUGGCUUGAUGUUUGUUGACAAAUCCUGUUGCCUUCUCGGUUUAUGUAAUUUUUGUCUUGUCAGUGUUUUCCUGCUCAUGUAUGUCUCUUCUCAGUAUGAAUACACUUCAAUAAAAUGAAAAUGACACUUGACAA